CCAAUAAAUAUACCCAAAGAAACCAAAGCCAGGGCCUGUAGCAAAAUCUGAACCGCCGCAUAUUUCCUGUAGUAUAGUAGCGUCCAGAGCGGACGAGGCUUUUGUGAAGCAGCUUUUCUAUCUUCCCUUCAAAUUCUUUCCAUCGCAACUUUCCCUCUUCAAUAUCCGUCUUCCAUUUCGCCUAAUUCUCUCCAUUUUUCCAUGAACCCUGACCCAUCGUUAAAAAUUUAGGGCAUAGCAUAGCACAACGAUACCCCAAAACGAUGCCGCUCUUCGUCUCCGACGAGGACUUCUCCCGCCACGGAAAUGACGCCACUUGGGUGGCGGACAAGGCCGACGCGUUCAUCCGCGACUUACAGACGGAGCUAGAGACGUUCAGGGCCCAGAACGACGCCGCUUCCAUCACGGCCGAGCAGACCUGCUCCCUCCUCGAGCAGAAGUACCUAUCACUCUCCGAUGAAUUCUCCAAGCUCGAGUUGCAAUACGCGCAGCUUCAGUCCUCCCUCGACCACCGCCUCUCCGAGGUCGCCGAACUCCAAUCCCAAAAGCACCAGCUCCAUCUCCAAUCGAUUGAGAAGGAUGGGGAGAUCGAGAGGUUUAAGACGGAGGUGUCGGAGCUGCACAAAUCAAAAAGGCAGUUGAUAGAGUUGAUGGAGCGGAAGGAUUUGGAGAUUAGUGAAAAGAAUGCCACCGUCAAGUCUUAUAUGGACAGGAUUGUUUAUUCGUCAGACAAUGCUGCACAAAGGGAGGCCCGUUUAAGUGAAGCUGAGGCAGAAUUAGCACGCACCAAGGCUUCAUGUACUCGUCUAUCACAGGAGAAAGAACUUAUUGAGAGGCAUAAUGUCUGGCUUAAUGAUGAGUUAACAGAGAAAGUUGACAGUCUCAUUGGGCUACGUAAAACACAUGCCGAUGUUGAGGCAGAUUUGUCUUCUAAACUUGCAGAUGUUGAGAGACAAUUCAAUGAAUGCUCUAGCUCUUUAAAAUGGAACAAGGAAAGAGUGAGGGAACUAGAAGCAAAGCUAAGAUCUCUACAGGAGGAACUAUGCUCAUCUAAAGAUGCUGCUGCAGCCAAUGAAGAGCGGUUAAACGCUGAACUUUCAACAUUAAAUAAGCUUGUUGAACUAUAUAAAGAAAGUUCUGAGGAAUGGUCCAAGAAGGCAGGAGAGCUCGAGGGUGUGAUCAAGGCUCUGGAGACACAUUUGAGUCAAGUGGAAAAUGAUUACAAAGAGAGACUUGAGAGGGAAGAAUCAGCAAGAAAUCAAUUUCAGAAGGAAGCUGCAGAUCUGAAAGCAAAACUUGAGAAGUGUGAAGCAGAAAUCGAAACGAGCAGGAAAGCGAAUGAGCUAAAUCUUCUUCCACUUAGUAGUUUUACCACGGAAGCAUGGAUGAAUUCAUUUGAAUCUACUGACAUGGUUGAGGUUAAUCGUGCGGUUGUCCCAAAGAUUCCUGCUGGUGUUUCAGGAACAGCAUUAGCAGCCUCACUUCUACGGGAUGGUUGGAGUCUUGCAAAAAUGUAUGCGAAGUACCAAGAGGCUGUUGAUGCCUUUCGUCAUGAGCAGUUGGGAAGGAAGGAAUCUGAGGCAAUUUUGCAACGGGUUCUAUAUGAAUUAGAGGAGAAAGCAGAAGUCAUUUUGGAUGAAAGAGUGGAACAUGAGAGAAUGGUUGAGGCAUAUUCUAUGAUCAACCAAAAACUGCAGAAUUCAAUUUCUGAACAGGCAAACUUAGAGAAAACCAUCCAGGAGUUAAAGGCCGAGAUAAGGAGGCAUGAGCGUGACUACACAUUUGCCCGAAAAGAGAUCUCUGAUCUCCAGAGAGAGGUGACAAUCCUUCUGAAAGAAUGUCGAGAUAUACAGCUUCGUGGCGCAUCUUCUGGUCAUGAUAGUCAUGACUACGGUACUGUUGCUGUGGUUGAGAUGAAUGCUGAAUCUGAUGCUGAAAUAGUCAUAUCUGAACAUCUUUUGACCUUCAAGGACAUAAAUGGACUAGUUGAGCAGAAUGCCCAGCUCAGGAGUCUUGUUCGCAAUCUUUCUGACCAGCUUGAAAAUAGGGAAAUGGAGGUCAAGGAAAAGUUUGAAAUGGAGCUCAAGAAACAUACUGAUGAAGCUGCCUCUAGAGUUGCGGCAGUGUUACAAAGAGCUGAAGAGCAAGGGCACAUGAUUGAAUCCCUUCACUCCUCCGUUGCAAUGUACAAAAGGUUAUAUGAAGAGGAGCAUAAACUUCAUUCAUCUAGUCCCCGCUUAGCAGAGGCAGCUCCAGAAGAAAGAAGAGCUGACGUUAAGCUUCUCCGUGAGAGUUCCCAGGAAGCUACCAGAAAGGCCCAAGACCAGGCUGUAGAACAAGUGAAAUGUCUGGAGGAAGAUUUGGCAAGGACCAGGAGUGAGAUCAUAUCAUUGCGGUCAGAGCGUGACAAGUUGGCUUUGGAAGCAAAUUUUGCUCGAGAAAGACUUGAGAGCUUCAUGAAAGAAUUUGAGCAUCAGAGAAAAGAAACAAAUGGUGUUUUAGCAAGGAACGUUGAGUUCUCUCAGUUAAUAGUUGACUACCAACGGAAGCUGCGAGAAAGUUCUGAAUUUGUGCAAACUGCUGAGGAGCGUUCUAGGAAGUUCACUAUGGAGGUAUCUGUUUUGAAGCAUGAAAAAGAGAUGUUGGAACAUGCUGAGAAGAGAGCUUGUGAUGAAGUUCGUAGUUUGUCAGAGAGGGUCUAUAGACUUCAGGCUAGUUUAGACACUAUUCAAAGUGCUGAGCAAAUUCGUGAGGAGGCAAGAGCUGCUGAGAGGAGAAGACAAGAAGAGUAUACAAAACAAAUAGAGAGGGAGUGGGCAGAUGUCAAGAAAGAUCUACAAGAAGAGCGCAACAAUGCCCGCACUCUCACCCUUGACCGUGAGCAGACCAUACAAAAUGCCAUGAGACAAGUCGAAGAAAUAGGAAAGGAGUUGUCUAAUGCAUUGCAUGCUGUUGCUUCAGCUGAGAGUAGAGCUGCUGUAGCCGAGGCUAAACUGACUGAUCUGGAGAAAAAGAUAAGAUCCUCCGAUAUUAAGGUUGUGGAUAUUGAUGGUGAAAGUGGAUCUUCCUCUUUGACGAGUGAUGAGGCUGUGGUGGCAUUGCGUGCUGCAAAGGAAGAGAUCGAAAAAUUGAAAGAGGAAGUGAAAGCUAAUAAGGAUCACAUGCUACAGUAUAAGAGCAUAGCUCAGGUAAAUGAAGAUGCAUUGAGACAGAUGGAAUUUGCCCAUGAAAACUUCAAGAUUGAGGCUGAAAAACUGAAGAAAUUGCUUGAAGCUGAACUUCUUUCUUUGAGAGAGAGGGUCUCUGAACUUGAACAUGAGUCUGGUUUGAAGUCUCAAGAAGUUGCUUCAGCAGCUGCAGGGAAGGAAGAAGCCCUUUCUUCUGCUUUAUCUGAAAUUACAAGUCUAAAGGAAGAAAUCUCAGCUAAAAUUUCCCUAAAUGCGUCACUGGAGACUCAGAUAUCGGCUUUGAAAGAAGACUUGGAGAAAGAACAUCAGCGAUGGCAUUCUGCUCAGGCUAACUAUGAAAGACAGGUUAUCCUCCAGUCGGAGACAAUACAGGAGUUGACUAAAACAUCGCAAGCUUUGGCUGUGCUCCAGGAAGAAGCUGCAGAGUUGCGUAAAUUGGUUGAUGCACUUAAAAGUGAAAAUAAUGAACUGAAGUCUAAGUGGGAAUUUGAGAAGGCAAUGUUAGAAGAAUCAAAGGAUGUUGCCGAGAAGAAGUACAAUGAAAUCAACGAACAGAACAAAAUACUGCACAGUCAGCUUGAGGCUUUGCACAUUCAACUGGCUGAGAGAGAUCGUGGAUCAUUUGGAACUUCAGCAAGCACUGGUUCAGAUACUUCUGGGGAUGCUGGUUUACAAAAUGUAAUAAGUUAUCUUCGACGGACAAAAGAAAUUGCAGAGACAGAGAUUUCUUUGUUGAAACAAGAAAAACUUCGGUUACAAUCACAACUUGAGAGUGCCCUCAAAGCUUCAGAAACAGCCCAAUCAUCACUUCAUGCUGAGCGUGCAAAUUCAAGAUCAUUGUUGUUCACUGAGGAGGAAAUAAAAUCCUUACAGCUACAGGUUAGAGAAAUGAACUUACUUCGGGAAAGCAAUAUCCAGCUAAGAGAAGAAAACAAGCACAAUUUUGAGGAAUGCCAGAAAUUGCGUGAAAUAUCACAAAAGGCUAAUAUUGAGACUCAGAACCUAGAGAGAUUGUUAAGGGAGAGACAGAUUGAGUUGGAAGCCUGUAGAAAAGAACUUGAAGUGCUAAAGACUGAGAAAGAUCACUUGGAAAAAAAGGUUCAUGAGUUACUUGAAAGGUAUAGGAAUAUUGAUGUGGAAGAUUAUGAUCGUGUGAAGAAUGAUGUUCGUCAGUUGGAGGAAAAAUUGGAGAAGAAGGUUUCUCGUGUAGAAGAAGUCGAGAAACUUCUUUCAGAAAAGCAGGAGACUGUAUCACAUCUGGAGCAAGAUCUUUCUAACUACAGAUUGGAUCUGACUGAGAAAGAAAAAAGGAUAAAUGAAACUUUGCAAGUUGAGGCAAGUCUAAGAUCAGAUGGCGAGAAGCAAAAGAAGGCGAUCCUUCAGUAUAAGAAGAGGUGCGAGACACUCUUAAAGGAAAAGGAGGAACUGAGCAAGGAGAAUCAAGCUCUUUCUAGGCAGUUGGAGGAAGUCAAACAAGGGAAACGAUCUUCUGGGGAUACUAGCGGAGAACAGGCCAUGAAGGAAGAGAAAGACAAAAAAAUUCAGACUCUGGAAAAGCUUAUGGAGAGGCAUAGAGAUGAUAUGCGAAAGGAGAAGGAAGAAAACCGGAUGGAGAAAGCAAAGCGCAUAAGGACUGAGAAGGCAGUAAAGGAUUCCUACACUAAUGUUGAGCAGGAUAAAACAAAGUUCAUGAAUGAACUGGAGAAGCAUAAGCAGGCUGUAAGGCAGCUUUCAGAUGAACUUGAAAAGCUGAAGCAUGCAAAAGACAGUCUCCCUGAGGGUACCUCUGUUGUUCAACUUCUUUCUGGAUCCAUACUGGAUGGCCUUGCCGCUGCCUACAGCUCGGCUGUUGAAAAUUUUGAAAAGGCAGCACAUUCAGUUCACAGUGACUUUGGAAUUCAUGGUGUUCCUGCAGACACUCCUCCAGUUUCAGAUGCUUCAUUAGCAGCUACUUCGGGUACUGGUCAAGCACCAACUGUAGUGUCCUCAAUGAGUCCUGCAACAGGUUUGGCAUCCAAAUCAACUGAAGAAAGUGAAAAGAGAUUGACCUUGACUUUGCCCAAAAGCAAUGUUGAAACGCGUAAAACAGGGAGGAAGUUGGUUCGGCCCCGUCUUGUAAGACCUGAAGAACCACAAGGUGAUGUAGAGAUGUCAGAGAUGGAAGGGAGCCGCAAUGUGGCCAAGCAUGCCCCAUCAAAUGAAAUGGAAGUUCAAGGCAAUGUUACUUCAACACAACCGCUGCUUCGAAAACGUCAUGCUUCUUCAUCUGCUUUUGAGUCUCGUGAGGAAUCAAGUAACCAAGGGGAAACUGGUCCUGAUGUGGCAGCACCUGUGCCGAAGAAGUCCAAAGGUUCAGAUUCUCCACAAGGGAGUGAAGGCCAACCAUCUGCUAUUUCUGAAAAUCUUUGCAGUGUUCCAGUCAAAGAUGAAGCUAUUGAUGUCGCUGAGUUGCCUCAAGGUUCAAGUGAGGAAGCUGUUGGUGAUACUGAGAAGGAAGAAAUUGAGACUACGGGAGAGAAGGUUGAAGAGCCAAAUGAACGACAGUUUGAUGGUUCAAAUCAAGUAGAAUCACAACCCAACAAGCAUAUUGGUUUAGAAGAAAAUGUUGAUGGAUCAGGUGGAACUGAGAUGAUGUGUGAUGAUGGAGCCAAGGAUCAGGUUGAGCUGGACAACCAACAGACCAAUGAAUUUGGAGGAGACAGAGAAGAGGGAGAGUUGGUCCCUGAUGUUUCUGAGCUUGAAGGGGGUGACACAAUUGGCAGUCCCGAAAUAGGGGAAGGUCAACCUGAGCCUGUUGCAACUCCGGGGGCUUCCCCAGCCAGGGGCGAUGAUGAAGGGGUUGCUGCUAGUUCUGUUGUGGAUAUUGGUGAGGUAAAUUCUCCAGAGGUUCUAAAUGAUGAUAAAAAUGAUGAAGUUGUAACUGAAGAAGCUGCCGAUGGUUCUGAUAAAUCAAAUGAUGGUAAUGAACAAACUGGGAUGGAGACUGAUCAGGCAGCUUCGGCUGCCUCAGUAAUUAUCGAGAAUACAUCAAGUACUCCUACGGAAGUUAAUGUUACAACGCAAGUUAGUCCGAGUGUUACUGCAGAAACAGAAGAGGUGAAACAGGUAUCUCCUAUGACUAAUACAUCAACUACCAUUUUCAUAUCAGAACGAGCGAGGCAGAGAUCCGUGAUCAGACAGGCUGGAGCUGGGGCCCCUUCUCCACCAAUAAGAGGCCGUGGAAGACCAGCAGGACGUGGACGAGGUGUGCGUGGACGUGGACGUGCACGUGGGGCAGCACCUGGUGAUCAAGGUUAAGACUGGAAAUUAUAAAAGAUGUGCAUUUUAUUCCCCCGUUUCUGCCAUUUGAAUGAUAACAAGGGUUUGGCUCCCUAGUAAAACGUGGUGUCGCAGUUUAUUAUGUCCCAAAAUGUUCUAGGCAUUUUGAGGGACAUGAUUACCGCGCACUUUAAUGGUUGUUGUCCAUAGAAUAUGGAUUUUGGAAAUAUGGUAGUUUGAGAGUGUCAUUUCACAUGACUGAGUUCUAUGAAAAUUCCUGGUUUUCUUCUUUCA